UUAAAAAAUUUAGUAUUCUUAAUAUUAAUUUUUUUCUUCUUCUUGGUUUUGGUCAAGUGAACAUUCCAUUAAUGUUUCAUUAAAACAAAAGAAAAAAAUAAAAAACACAAGGAAAACGAAACAAGGCCCGAAAACAGAGACUAGGCCCGAACGGAAACAAAAGCUCAAAGAAGAACAAAUCCCUAGCAGCAGAGAAACUGUUGAAGUCGUCGUCCCCAUCGCCGUACUGGUGAGCCAAACGGAUGAACGGCCGCAGGGAUCCGAACACAGCACCUCCAACAGAUGCACGAGAUAAACCAAAAGACAGCCCAACAAGUGCAGGACACGAAUGCUCCAUCAUCCUGCACGAAUCCAACAUCGCCGCACUGAUGAGCCAAACAGAAUCAUAUUUUUGGGUACAAUUUUUCCAGCCGAUCGUUUGACUCCCAACUCCAAAAUCUGACGCUCAAUCGGCCAUUUCAGCUUUUACGUUGCAUUAGGCGAGUCGAUAGCUGACCAUCGGCUGUCGAUAUUCUCCCUGUUAAUUGUCAAUGGCCGCUUCUUCGUCUUCCUCAUGGAAAUACGACGUCUUCCUGAAUUUCAGAGGCGAAGACACUCGCAAGAUCUUCGUCGGCCAUCUCUACAGUGCUCUGCGUCGGAAAGCAAUCAACACCUUCAUCGACGCCGAAGAGCUCAGAAAAGGCAACGACCUUUCGGAACUCCUUGCGGCUAUCGAGUCGUCGAGGCUUUCGAUCGUGGUUUUCUCCCCGGACUACGCUUCUUCGACGUGGUGCUUGAAAGAACUGGUCAAAAUCCUGGCGUGCAUGGAUGCAAAGAAGCAGAUAGUGGUGCCGAUUUUCUACCAAGUUGAUCCAUCUGAAGUUCGUAAGCUCAAGAGAAGUUUUGCAGAAGCUUUACCUCAAAACGAAGGUGAAUCGAGCGCCGAAAUGAAAGAGGUGGAGAGCUGGAGGUCCGCGCUAACCAGAGCUGCCAAUUUAUCCGGCUGGGAUUCGCGAAAAUACGAGGAUGAUGCCAAGCUUAUUGAGGAAAUUGUGGAUGACAUAUUUAAGAGAUUGAUCCAAGUCUCGUCAAGCAAAGAUAAUGGAUUGAUUGGAAUGGAUUCUCAUAUGCGUAAAAUACAUUUAUUGUUAUAUCCUGAUCCUCCUGGGUUGCAUAAGGAUGAUGUUCGUAUUGUCGGAAUAUGGGGUAUGGGUGGUCUAGGCAAAACAACUGCCGCUAGUGCUGUUUAUCAUGAAAUCGCUCGUGAAUUUGAAGCUUGUUGCUUUCUUGAAAAUGUCAAGGAGGGUUUCAAGAAUAAUGGCAAACUACAUAUGCAGACACAACUUCUAGCAAGUAUCUCGAAUAACAAGGUGGUGAGUUCGGACAUUUCAAAUAAGGGUUUCGAGGCGAUGUUAAAGAGCCUAGGUCAGAGAAAAGUUCUUAUUGUUGUUGAUGAUGUGGACAAAUUAGACCAAAUUGAUGCUUUACUAGGAAAGCAACAUUCCUUUGGUGGUGGAAGUAGAAUCAUUAUGACAACAAGAGAUUCGACAUUACUAAGUGAAGCUGAUGCAACCUACAAGCCUGAGAUUUUCAGUGAUUCUGAAGCUCUGGAGCUCUUUAGGAAGCACGCCUUCAGAACAAUCCAACCCACCCGAAAUUAUGGUCAGCUCUCAAGGCGUGUCAUACAAUAUGCUCAAGGUCUACCUUUAGCACUCAAAGUCUUGGGAGCUCAUCUUCAUAACAAAACUGUACGCCAGUGGGAAGAUGUGUUAGAAAAAAUAAGGAAAAUCCCACAAAGGGGAAUUCAUGAUGUGCUUAAAACAAGCUUUGAUGGAUUAGAUGAAACAGAGAAGAAGAUCUUUCUAGAUAUUGCAUGUUUCUUUAAAGGAGUGAAAAAAGACUAUGCAACUGCAAUUCUGGACAGUUUUGGUUUCUAUCCUCAUGAUGGAAUAGGAGUUCUAAUCGAUCGAGCUCUCAUAUCUGUCUCAGAGUGGGGGAAACUGGAGAUGCAUGAUUUACUAGAGGAAAUGGGUCGGGAAAUCGUUCGCCAAGAAUUUAUCGAAGAGCCUGGGAGAAGAAGUAGGUUGUGGAGUUAUGAAGAUGUUCGUCAUGUGCUGACUCAAAAUACAGCAACAGAAGCAGUUGAAGGCAUAAUCCUGGAUUCAGCAAUCUUUAAAGAGGGAUGCUCAAAUACUGAAGCUUUUGUUAGUAUGACAAAACUAAGACUGCUCAUGAUCCGUGAUGGCGCUUAUACUUACACCCAGUACUUUGAUGAAUAUGGGUUUGUAUCCAAGGUUUCAUUUGACAGUCAAACUUCAAGUGAAGCAGAAGAUGAGCUUGCAUUCGGGGAUUCAUUUGACCAUCAAGCUCCACAUGAUUGCUUCAUAAAACGCUGGAUUGCGGACUUAAAGUUCCAAUGUUCUCAGUUGAGGUGUCUCAUCUGGCGUGGUUGCCCCCUCAAGUCUUGGCCAUCCAACUUUCAGUUCAAGAAUCUUGUAAACCUUGACAUGAGCAAUAGUUGCAUCGAACAACUUUGGAAAGGAGCUGAGCCUCUGGAAAAGUUGAAAUUCAUCAAUUUAAGUCAUUGUCAAUACCUUAAGAAAACCCCCGACUUCACAAAGGCUACAAGUCUUGAGGAACUAAAUCUAGAAGGUUGUACAAGUUUAUCUGAGGUUGACCUAUCCAUUUCAGCUCUGAAAAACCUUGCUAUAUUGAAUCUACGAGACUGUAAACAACUCAAGAGCCUGCCGAGCAUCAUUCAUAUGGGAUCUCUUCAACCUCUUGAUCUUUCUAGUUGCUCAAACCUUGAGAUGUUUCCAGAGAUUUCAGAAGUUAUGAAGAAGCUGUCAAAGCUUUAUUUAGAUGGGACUGCAAUUAAAGAGCUGCCUUCAUCAAUUAAUAAACUCACGGGCCUUACAAUUUUGGACCUAAGAGGCUGUCGAGAACUCAAAAGCCUUCCGAGCAGCAUUCAUAUGGGAUCCCUUCAAACCUUUAAGCUUUCUGGUUGCUCAAACCUUGAGAAAUUUCCAGAUAGUUCAGAUGUUAUGGAGAAUCUAUCAGAGUUAUAUUUAGAUGGGACUGCCAUUAAAGAACUGCCUUUGUCAAUUAAUAAACUCACGGGCCUUACUGUUUUGGACCUAUCUGGGUUUCAAGAACUCAAGAGCCUGCCGAGCAGCAUUCAGAUGGGAUCUCUUCAAACCCUUCGUCUUUCUGGUUGCACAAACUUUGAGAAGUUUCCAGAUAUUUCAGAUGUUAUGGAGAAGCUAUCACAGCUUUAUUUAGAUGGGACUGCGAUUAAGGAACUGCCUUCGUCAAUUAAUAAACUCACGGGCCUUACUGUUUUGGACCUACGAGGCUGUCGAGAACUCAAGAGCCUGCCGAGCAGCAUUCAUAUGGGAUCUCUUCGAACCCUUAAUUUUUCUGGUUGCUCAAACCUUGAGAAGUUUCCAGAGAUUUCAGAAGUUAUGGAGGAGCUGUCAAAGCUUUAUUUAGAUUGGACUGCAAUUAAAGAGCUGCCUUCAUCAAUUAAUAAACUCACGGGCCUUACAAUUUUGGGCCUAAGAGGCUGUCGAGAACUCAAAAGCCUGCCGAGCAGCAUUCAUAUGGGAUCCCUUCAAACCUUUAGGCUUUCUGGUUGCUCAAACCUUGAGAAAUUUCCAGAUAUUUCAGAUGUUAUGGAGAAGCUAUCAAAGCUUUAUUUAGAUGGGACUGCGAUUAAAGAACUGCCUUCGUCAAUUAAUAAACUCACGGGCCUUACUGUUUUGGACCUAUAUGGGUGUCAAGAACUUAAGAGCCUGCCGAGCAGCAUUCAUAUGGGAUCUCUUCAAACCCUUCGUCUUUCUGGUUGCUCAAACCUUGAGAAGUUUCCGGAUAUUUCAGAUGUUAUGGGGAAUCUAUCAAGGUUACAUUUAGAUAGCACUGCCAUUAAAGAACUGCCUUCGUCAAUUAACAAACUCACGGGCCUUUCUGUUUUGGACCUAUCUUGGUGUCAAGAACUCAAGAGCCUGCCAAGCAGCAUUUAUAUGGGAUCUCUUCAAACCCUUAAUCUUUCUGGUUGCUCAAACCUUGAGGAGCUUCCAGAGAUUUUAGAUAUUAUUGAAAAUCUAUCAGGGUUAUGUUUAGAUGGGACUGCCAUUAAAGAACUGCCUUCGUCAAUUAAUAAACUCAUGGGCCAUAUUGUUUUGAACCUAUCUGGGUGUCAAGAACUCAAGAGCCUAACAAGCAUCAUUCAUAUGGGAUCUCUUCAAACCCUUUAUCUUUGUGGUUGCUCAAACUUUGAGGAGUUUCCAGAUAUUUCAGAUGUUAUGGAGAAGCUAUCAAACCUUUAUUUAGGUGGGACUGCCAUUAAAGAACUGCCUUCAUCAAUUAAUAAACUCACGGGCCUUACUGUUUUGGACCUAUCUGGGUGUCGAAAACUCAAGAGCCUGCCAAGCAGCAUUCAUAUGGGAUCUCUUCUAACCCUUAAUCUUUCUGGUUGCUCAAACUUGGAGAAGUUUCCAGAUAUUUCAGAUGUUAUGGGGAAGCUAUCACAGCUUUAUUUAGAUGGGACUGCGAUUAAGGAACUGCCUUCGUCAAUUAAUAAACUCAUGGGCCUUACGCAUUUGGACCUAUCUGGGUGUCAAGAACUCAAUAGCCUGCCAAGCAGCAUUCACAUGGGAUCUCUUCGAACCCUUGAUCUUUCUGGUUGCUCAAACCUUGAGAAGUUUCCAGAGAUUUCAGAUUCUAUGGAGAAUCUAUCAGAGUUAUAUUUAGAUGGGACUGCCAUUAAAGAACUGCCUUCAUCAAUUAAUAAACUCACGGGCCUUACUGUUUUGGACCUAUUUGGGUGUCAAGAACUCAAGAGCCUGCCGAGCAGCAUUCAUAUGGGAUCUCUUCAAACCCUUAAUCUUUCUGGUUGCUCAAACCUUGAGAAGUUUCCAGAGAUUUCAGAUGCUAUGGAGAAUCUAUCAGAGUUAUACUUAGAUGGGACUGCAAUUAAGGAACUGCCGUUGUCAAUUAGUAAACUCACGGGCCUUACUGUUUUGGAAAUCUUCCAGCGCUUGUUACGUUGAACGUAAGAGAUUGCAGAAAACUCAAGUCUCCCAAGCAGCAUUUGUGAUCUCAAGUCCCUUCACUAUCUUAGUCUUUCUGGUUGCCCAAAGUUUGAGGUGUUGGAAUUAUUGGGUAUUGCUCAUUUAUCAUUAUUGAAUAUAUUAGAACUCUGCAGAAACAAUUUUGAGAGCUUGCCUGCAGAAAUGAAUUGGCUUCAUUGGUUAACAAGUCUCAAAUUGGAAGGUUGCAAGGGACUGAAAUCAAUACCAGAGAUUUCAUCUACUAUAAGGUUCAUAGAUGCCCAUGAUUGCACAGCUUUGGAAACUGUUUCAAGAUCAAGCAAGUUUUUUUUCCCAAGAAUCUUUACUUGACAUUUUCAAACUGCUUCCAGCUGGUGCAAAAUCUAUUUGAAGAUAUUGUGGAAGCUCAUCAGAUCUCAAAUUGGAAGGUUGCAAGAGAAUGAAAUCAAUAACAGAGCUUUCAUCAAGCAUAAAUUUCAUAGACGCCCAUGAUUGCACAACUUUGGAAACUGUUUCAGGACCAAAGCUUCCUUACAGUAAUCUUUACUUCACAUUUUCAAACUGCUUCCAGCUGGUGCAAAAUCUAUUUGAAGAAAUUGUAGAAGCUCAUCAGCUCUCUCUCUCUCUCUCUCUCCCUCCCUCCCUCCCUCCCUCUCCCUCUCUCUCCCUCUCCACGUGCGAAAGUACGAAACAUAUCUAAUGCAAGUUCAGUCUACUUUGUUUUCGUUCUGUAGGGUUAUCUGCAAACUGUUUCCUUGUUUCGUUCUGUAGGGUUAGGAAUAUAAUAGAACCUAUAUGUAAUUAAAGGUUUUACUUUACUUAGCUGUUAAGCUAAUUGUACCUAUUUAUAUGAUACUGUAUUCUUUCAGACAGUAAGAUGAAUUCAUUCAAUCAAUACACUUCUCUUUCUAGAAUCCUCUCUCUCUCUCUCUACCUUUAUCUUUUCUCUCACAGAAUCAUAAGUUUCUACAGGUUCAGCCAUCAGUGUAGUGGAUCUUCAGUAACUGUGCAUCUACCACCGGUGUCGGAUCAUAAGAUUUUGGGAUUUGCUGUAUGCGGUUUUACUAAGUUCAAGUACGCGCAUUAUGUGUCUGAUCUAUCUGCCCUGUGUUUUUGUACCUCCAAAGGAGAGCACGGCGAGCUCAGUUUCAGAUUUGAUUUGCUUGAUUGGAGUCACAAGCGACAGGUUACUUGAGUAAGAUCACAUGUUCAUGGGAUAUCUUCCAUUGAAAAUAGGAGUGCAGCUAAGUGAGCGCUAUACCACCGAGGCCACAUUUAGAGUUGAACUAAAAGAUGGAGUCCAAUCACGUGAUUCUUGGGCACCAGUGCAGCAGCAUCGCAUCAGAAGGUGUGGAGUUCGUCUCUUUUAUGCCAAUCAUGAGGAGGUGCAUGCAUAACAAAAGCAUGACACAGCCCGACUUUCGUCAUGAAAAUUCUGGAGCGGAACUUCGUGCUAUAUGCAGAUCACUGGUAAGAGUUGCUCAUUCUAAGAGGAACCGUGAGGGGUGUUGCUAUAAUGAGGCUGAACAAAGUGGGGGUGAAACCCCUGAUGAAGGAUUUACAUUCUAAAAGAUUGGUACUUCCUGAUGGGGCAAACGAAAACUGAAGAGAAUAACUCCUGUGUGUUGGAUUUGAUGGCUUAGUUCUGUUGGGUCUCGACCCUUUCUUACGCGGACCUAAAACCAAACUGUUGUGGCUCUUUAGUUGGCAUAUGCGGAUCGCAUGCUAGGUCUUUUUAGUGCUCGUAUAUAAAGCCUCACAUUGUGCAAUUUGGAUGAGAGGGUGGGAACCGAAGCAGCUGCACCAGUGUGACGGAAAGAGGAGCCGAAACCCAAUAGAAGAGAGAAAUAAUUGGGAGCUGCUGCAUUUAAGGUUUUGUAAGAGUGAAUCCAAUUAGAGAUUGUUGUAGUUGCAGAGAGACAAAUAUUUUGUUUCUAAUUCGUUUUUUCCCUCUUCUAUUUGUGUUUGUAUUUGGGUGUAUUUUGGGUUUGAGUUUGAGAGCUUUCUUUGUAAUCUCGUUUUGUUUAUUAGUGGAACUUCCUCGCUGUCCCCAAACUGGAUGUAGGUUUACGCCGAACCAGUAUAAAUCUUUAUGUCAUUUUGAA